CUGAUUCAACCCAAUAUGAUCAUCUCCAACCACUCUUUCCAUGUCGUCACUUUCGUUCUCUUUGUUUCAUUCUCGUUUUCUUAUGCACAUUUACGCGAUAUCAUACCUAAAGAGAUUCGUUCGACGUCUUCCAACUCCGGUUCACUUUAUAUCAACAUCAAAGCCAACCUCAGUGGCUAUUUCCCCAAGGUUUUUGCAUUUGGAGACUCGUAUACCGACACUGACAAUGCUCGAUUAUUGGGUGUUUUGAAAAGCUACGUUGGAAGAAACUUGAACAUCAAGUUAUUGGGUGGUAGAUCAAGUAAUGGUCGAAUGGUGGUUGAUUUUCUUUGUGAUUCACUCAACAUUCCCACACUAGAACCAUAUAAGGCCAUUUCUUUAAACAAAUUCUCCAUCAAGGGUAACUCUGGGGUCAACUUCGCGAUCGGAGGUGCCUCAUCGCUUUCCGGUGACUUCUUUGCUAACCAUAAGAUUGGUCACAUACUUAUAUGGAAAGGCAUUCCUUUAGGUUUCCAAACACAAAUCGAAUGGUUCAACAGUUUCGUCACCGGAAUAGCUUGCAAGGGGAAGUUCGAGGAAGAAUGCAAGGCGGAAAUGGGAAAGCAUCUCAUUUGGAUUGGACAAAUCGGCGUUGAUGACUUCGUUCGUGUUAUAGGGUCAUCUGUUUCCAUGCGGUGGCUUACAGAUAUAACCAUUAAUCAAAUCUCCAAAUUAUUUACAACGGUGUUGGACAGCGGUGGAAAGUUCUUCGUGGUUCAAGGGCUGCCACCGGUGGGAUGUUGUCCUCUGGCCAAGCUAUUGACACCACAAUCUGAAAAAGAUGAAAUGGGCUGCUCAUUAAGUAUUAACAGAGCAGUAAUGGCUCACAACGAGCUCCUCCAGAAGACAUUGGAAGACUUUAGGAUAAAGCAUGGAGCUGAGGUUACAAUUUCAUAUGCUGACUAUUACAAUGCAUACAAAACAAUCAUGAGAAACCUUUCCGGCUUCGGGUUUUCCGAUGGAUCCCGAGCAUGUUGUGGCGUUGGAGGUGGACUUCUCAACUUUAACUUGCACAACCUUUGUGGCAUGGCCGGCACCACCGUGUGUGAAAACCCCUCUAACCAUGUUCAAUGGGACGGAUUUCAUUUGACGGAAGCAAUGCAUAAAGAAAUAACUCAACUGUUCCUCCAUGAAGGCUUCUGCAAACCAUCCUUUUAUGAUAUAAUCAGUAGGCAAAGAAACUUACGUGCAUAGAUGAC